AACUAACGUCACGCCUGUCAAACGAACAUCACAACCAUGGAUUCCACACAAGUCAAGGCUGCUGUCAUCAAGCAGGUCCAGCAGGAGGCCAACUUGGUUAACGCCCGUACUCUCAUUGAGAAACUCCAAGAGACUUGCUUUGAGAAGUGCGUCCCCAAGCCCGGAACUUCUCUAUCGAGCGGCGAGACGACUUGCAUGACCAGCUGCAUGGAGAAGUACAUGGCUGCUUGGAACAUGGUCAACGCAGCAUACAUUGCCCGAUUAAGGCAGGAGUCUGCUAGCUUGCAAAAUUGAAGAGGCGAAGAUUCUCAAAAUAAAAAAACCAACGGCUUGCGACAAUUUUUAUGAAAGCGCAAGAUUGUAACAUAUUGUGACAACACGGGCCGGAUGACGCCCAGGAGGAGAUAUUAUCAUGUACGAAGAAUCGAUUAAGGAUAGAACAGGGCAAUAGACGAACCGGAGGAGAUAUGAGUGGGAUGCUGUGUCAAUAGCCAUGCCAUGUCGUUGUAUACAGCCUUCUUCAAUUUCUGAGUUUGGGUAUCUAAGUUCCCCCAGCAGCCUUCUUCGCUUCCUCGGCCGCUCGUUUUCGAGCUAGGUAUCGUUCCUUCGCACUUGAGAUCUCGCCCUCUGUCUUCCGGCUCUUCGAAGUUCG